AUGACAGUUUUACCUGAAGAAUCGGAUUCAAGUGUCCGUCCAACGGAGAUUCACAUAACGAACAUCCCAUUCCAAGAGGACAUAGAACACAUCGUGCAUGACAGUUCGUACCGCGACUUCCAUGCCGUCACAUUCACUUUGGGGAUGGAUUCCACAGUCCCGGCAGAACAGUCAUCACCUUCCCCAGAUCUGUCGGAAUACAGCACGUCAUCAUCCGUUGCCGGACAAGCGCCCAGUUUCAUAGUAACGAUGCCUCGUCAAGUUUAUUCAAAGGUAAACGAAAAUAUACAAUUGAAAUGCACUUUCACUGGACAACCAUUGCCAGCGGUGACUUGGCAAAAGGAUGGCAAUCUCGUGGACAUGAGCAGGAACUAUACCAUCAUUUCUGAGGAUGGGAUUACAAUUCUCCGACUGGAAUGCACCACACUUGAAGAUAAUGCUAUAUUUUCGUGCACUAUUGCAAACAGCUUCGGAACGGAAACAGCUAGUUGCAAGGUCAUCAUCGAAGAUGACGAGCUCGAGCACCAACGAAUUGGCACACAAGUUAUCUGCGACCGUGAAGAUGCAAGUGGAGAGGUGAAUGCGGUUGUGAUGAGUCCCCAUAAAACCACAACGACGUUCACGUUCUCUUCACCCGAAGUUGUUGAGAAAACAGAGGAGCACCGAGAAGCUGCUGAACAGCGCUCCGUUGAAACCAUGGAUGGGCAACAACCAUUCUUCCUUCUUCCAUUGGAAGAUGCUACCUUGAAAGGAAAUACCUGCACUCUGAAAUGUAUUAUUAUGGCCACACCCACUGCACAUGUCGACUGGCUGGUAGAAGACGAGUUGGUCGCCAAGGAUGAGGACCACAGCCUCAUCUACGAGGAUGGAAUAGCCAUUCUGAAAAUUCGCAACAUCCAACGAGAUGAACUUCGUGUAUCCUGUACGGCGUCGAAUUGUCACGGCCGAGCAGAAACGCUAUGCCAUCUGAAAAGAGACUAUACCGACGCCUCAGUGCGUGACGAGAGACAAAGCCCACGCUUCAUUAUUCCACUGAAAAAUAUAUGCACGUGUACUGAAGAAGUAAAGCUGAAGUGUGUCGUCGAAGGUGAACCGGUACCGGAAAUAACCUGGUUCGUCGAUGGAAAAGAACAAGUAGAAAGAACAACGUACUAUGAUGGUGUGGCUGAACUGGACAUCCCAAUCUUGAGUGUUUCGCAUGAAAUCAAAUGCUGUGCAAGAAACUCAGCGGGAAUGGCAGAGUGCCAUUGUGUCGUAACAAAAAUCCCUGUCGAAGGGGCAGCAUCUACGCUUCUGUCGCAGAAGCCAUACUUUGUGCAUCCAUUGCAUGAUCAAUCGACGGGGAAGGAGUCGUUAACGUUGCGAGUGGUGGUCGCUGCAUCACCGCCUGCCACACUGCAAUGGAGCAUCGACGGCAAAACUGUCACUGGAGAUGGCGAUGUAAGCGUGAUCUAUGAGGAUGGUAUUGGUAUUCUCUCUAUGAGCAGUCUAAAGACAGGAGUAACAGAAGUUUCUUGUGUGGCCAGAAAUGAAUACGGGAUCUGCACAACUAGUGCAAAAGUGACAAGAGUUGGAGGGAGCGAUUUGAGAGAAGAUGUUGAGCAACAGGAAGCAAAGCGAAAGGAAGUCGAGCAGUGGAAAGAUGAAGACGAGUGCGACAAAAACGCAGAAACUUUCACGACAACCGAGAUUGCACUCUCAAAGAGGGAAGAGAGAGCCUGUUUAGAAGUUGACCUCAUCAGUACCAUUUUCAAAUUAUACAUGUCCACCAUGGUCAUAAGCAGGAAAAGAGGCGAGCUCGAGUCCCAUGAAUUCGAAAUGAUAGAGGAAAAACCACAAUUAGAGAAACACACAAAAGGCGAAGAAGUAAAACUCAGUAAAGAAAUGGACGUAACCGUAGACGAAGAACCUUGGAAUAUGGUGGAGGUUCGAGAGCAUGUCGAACUAGACCACAGCCUGGAACACGUUCUUGAAUUUGAGUCAAAAGAAUCGAAUUUGAUAGACGUAGGGCUACAACGGAAAAGCGAGCAUGAAAGCGAAAAGCUGAAUGAAAUGACAUUCGAAGAAUUGACACCUGCAGAGGAAGUGAAGCCUGAAGAGAUCAAGCCACAAGAGGAAAUCAAGCCUGUGGAGGAGAAGGUACCGCAGGAAGUCACCGAGACAAAAGAGCUGGUAGAAGUGGCAGUCGAACGAGAAAUUACGAUUGAGGAAAUUGCUGAGGCAACUGCCACAAUCGAAGCUAUUUUCACAAAGACCGAAGAAAUAUCUGGUCUCGAAAUCGAUCUCAUCACCAGCCCUUAUGAUGCUGUUGCUCAAACUGCAACGGCACCAGCUAAGAAGAAGACUCCUGAGGAACAGAAACCCGCAGAGGAGCUGAAACCUGCAGAGGAAGAGAAGCCUGAAGAGAUCAAGCCACAAGAGGAAAUCAAGCCUGUGGAGGAGAAGGUACCGCAGGAAGUCACCGAGACAAAAGAGCUGGUAGAAGUGGCAGUCGAACGAGAAAUUACGAUUGAGGAAAUUGCUGAGGCAACUGCCACAAUCGAAGCUAUUUUCACAAAGACCGAAGAAAUAUCUGGUCUCGAAAUCGAUCUCAUCACCAGCCCUUAUGAUGCUGUUGCUCAAACUGCAACGGCACCAGCUAAGAAGAAGACUCCUGAGGAACAGAAACCCGCAGAGGAGCUGAAACCUGCAGAGGAAGUGAAGCCUGAAGAGAUCAAGCCACAAGAGGAAAUCAAGCCUGUGGAGGAGAAAGUACCGUAUGAAGUCACCGAGACAAAAGAGCUGGUAGAAGUGGCAGUCGAACGAGAAAUUACGAUUGAGGAAAUUGCUGAGGCAACUGCCACAAUCGAAGCUAUUUUCACAAAGACCGAAGAAAUAUCUGGUCUCGAAAUCGAUCUCAUCACCAGCCCUUAUGAUGCUGUUGCUCAAACUGCAACGGCACCAGCUAAGAAGAAGACUCCUGAGGAAGAGAAACCCGCAGAGGAGCUGAAACCUGCAGAGGAAGAGAAGCCUGAAGAGAUCAAGCCACAAGAGGAAAUCAAGCCUGUGGAGGAGAAAGUACCGUAUGAAGUCACCGAGACAAAAGAGCUGGUAGAAGUGGCAGUCGAACGAGAAAUUACGAUUGAGGAAAUUGCUGAGGCAACUGCCACAAAAGAAGCUAUUUUCACAAAGACCGAAGAAAUAUCUGGUCUCGAAAUCGAUCUCAUCACCAGUCCUUAUGAUGCUGUUGCUCAAACUGCAGCGGCACCAGCUAAGAAGAAGACUCCUGAGGAAGAGAAACCCGCAGAGGAGCUGAAACCUGCAGAGGAAGUGAAGCCUGAAGAGAUCAAGCCACAAGAGGAAAUCAAGCCUGUGGAGGAGAAAGUACCGUAUGAAGUCACCGAGACAAAAGAGCUGGUGGAAGUGGCAGUCGAACGAGAAAUUACGAUUGAGGAAAUUGC